AUGUCGCAACGUGAACGGUUAACUGAAGUAGCUGUGUGCAACAGAAUUACAAAAUUUGCAACACAAAGGAUAAAGGAUUGCAAAAUAACCACGCGGGAGGUCAACUACGGCAUUGCUUCUGUUUCAAUUUACUCAACAAACAUAUCCGUUUGGGAAGCGCAGCUCCAACUUAUGCGCGACCUAAACUCGCAAACCACAAAAUAUUGCCAUUUCAAUGUGGCGAAUGCGGUGAUCUUCAAAGGCUACUAA